AUUUGAUGCCAUAAAGGCGCAGGGCGCACUUACAAAAAAAAAGGAAUUAAGUAUCUGAACUACAACUGAUUUUUCGCGAUCGUCCUUAAAGAAUAUAAAAGUGUGUGAAAGUGCUACAUGGAAUAUACAGUAUUUUUUAUAAGGCAGGUUCAUAAAUCGAACUGAAGAAAUGGCACACGAGAUCAGAUCGUUCUUAGUGUGUACCAUUCUGUCCUACUUACUAACAGUUGAAGUCUCCGAUGGAUAUCAAAACCCUUCGUUCUUCAGAGAAGCAAGAUCCAGGAAACAGUCUUACAGACAGAGCCCUAUUAUUGACUGGUUGAUGCAGUCAGUCAACCCCAACUAUGACCCGAAGGACCCAACGGAUCUCUUCGAUUUUCUGAGAGACCAGUACCCAUUGCCGAAUGGUCUAAAACAACCACUAACCCAAUACGACUACAUAAUCGUCGGCGCGGGUUCGGCCGGCUGUGCCCUGGCGGCACGACUAACGGAGGACCCAAGUGUGACAGUGCUUUUACUAGAGGCCGGGAAACCAGAGAUGUUCACCACGGACGUACCAGCUAUCGCACCCUACUUCCAGAGGACGGAAUACACCUGGCAGUAUUAUAUGGACAAGGAGCCUGGCGUUUGUAUGGGGAUGAUAAAUGAAAAAUGCUUUUGGCCGCGAGGAAAAGCAGUAGGAGGAACUAGCGUCAUCAACUACAUGAUAUACACACGUGGCCGGCCGGAAGAAUGGGACCGCAUAGCAGCCGAUGGAAACGUUGGAUGGUCGUACAAUGAAGUGCUAGAAUAUUACAAGAAAUCUGAGCGAUCGAACUUGAGAGGGUUGGAAGAUUCUCCGUACAGAGGAAGAAAGGGAGAAAUGAACGUAGAGUUUACAAAAUUCAGAACACCAUUAAUUGAGGCGUUUUUGGAAGCUGGGCGACAAUUGGGUCACCCCACAGUAGAUUACAAUUCUCCUGAACAACUCGGGUUCGGAUAUGUUCAAACUACCACGUUGGAUGGAAAGAGAGUUAGCGCAGCAAAGGCUUUCCUGCACGGAAUUAAGAAUAGACCCAAUCUCCAUAUAUUACCAAAGAGCCGGGUAGCUAAAGUUUUAAUUGACAGUACAACGAAGACGGCAUAUGGAGUACAGUAUGUCAGAAACCGUCUAAAGAGGAAUGUAGCUGCGAGGAGAGAAGUCAUAUUAUCCGCAGGACCCAUAGCUUCGCCGCAACUGCUAAUGUUGUCCGGAAUAGGACCUAAAGACCACUUGAGUAAACACGGAAUUCCUGUCAUUCAAGACCUCCCGGUCGGUCGCAUGCUUUUCGACCACAUCAGUUUCCCAGGAGUAAUUUACACGUUAAACACUACGGGACUUAGUUUGAGUGAGUCUCGAUUGAUACAACUUCCGCAGAGUAUUCAAACUGUCGCUCAAUGGCUUCAAUAUGGAGACGGCCCGCCAGCGAGUCCCGGUGCCGUAGAAGGAAUCGGGUAUAUCAAAACCCCUGUAUCCAAUGACCCUGCUAAUGUCCCAGAUAUAGAGUUGAUAAGUAUUGCCGGGUCAUUAGUGUCAGAUGGUGGACCAGAUGGAAGCAAAGCGGUGAGACGAGGAAUGAUGAUAUCUGAGAAAGUUUUUGACGCAGCGUUCGGAUCGAUCGAUAAUACGGAAACGUGGAGUGCGUUUCUGAUGUUAUUGCAUCCUAAAUCGUUCGGUUUCAUCGAGUUGAAGGACAACAACCCAUGGAGUUUCCCGCGCAUGCGAGGGAACUACCUGUCAGACGCGUAUGGACAAGACGUAGCAACGUUCGUGGCAGCGAUACGGCACGUGCAAGCGCUGGCGGCCACGGAGCCGUUCCAGCGGCUGGGCGCUAAACUGCACCGGGCGCAGUAUCCGUCCUGCCGCGCACUGCCCUUCGACUCCGACGAGUAUUGGGAGUGUGCAGUGCGCACUCUUACGGCCACGCUGCACCACCAGAUCGCCUCGUGCCGCAUGGGGACCGCUAGUGACCCUCACGCCGUCGUCGACCCACGGCUGCGGGUCUACGGCGUACGCAACCUGCGCGUCGUCGACUCCAGCGUCAUCCCCCGCACUGUGUCCGUUCAUACAAACGCGCCCGCAAUCAUGAUCGGUGAAAAGGCAGCCGAUAUGAUAAAAGAAGACGCAGCAUACAUAAAUCGAUCGUGAAUAUUUUAACAGUCACUAAGUAGAUUAAUUUGAUGUGCUAAAGUACCUAUUAGUAUUUUUAUUUAUGUAUAGCGUAACUAGCGUAAGUAAGCUAAUGUCAAACCUCUACAGUCUGACAGUCUGAUACCGUUACUUUUAAUUUUAUGUGCCAAGACAAGAGAUUUACCUGUAAUGUGUAAAAAGAUUGUGGUUACUGUUGAACUAGUCUGAAAUUCAGUAGUGAAAUUAAUAAGUAAUUAAACGUGAAAGUUGUAGCAUAAUA